GAGAAGAGAGGAGGGGAGGCCUCCGCCGCCGCCAUCUUGGACCGGGCCCGUUCAGCUUCCGUGGAGCCGUCGGCAGCCGCUGCCGGGCCUUUCCUUGAUCCCUGAAUCCCCUACUCGGUCGUCUAGAACAAUCCCGGGCCCACUUCCUCUAUCAACAACCCAACCCCACUUCCGGCUUUCGCGCCCUCUUAUCGCGAUAGCGCCCGGGCUCGGGGCGCGAGGAAAGAGGAAAAAAAAAAAAAAAAAGGCGGCGGGCGGGCGCUCGCCUCUCUCUCCCCCCUCCUCGCCCGUCGCGAUACGCUCCGCAGCGGCGGCGCCAGCUCCUGCGGUGAGCGUCAGGGGGAAGCCUCUUUGGAAGAGAAGGAUCUUGUGGAGGAAAAAGUCCCCAAGACCCGAGGGUGCAGUUAACGUUCGUCCAUUUUGAAGAGAGUAUGAAGAGAGUGCGUCUGUAGGGCAGGGAAGAUGGCGGACAAGCGCAAACUCCAAGGUGAGAUUGAUCGCUGCCUCAAGAAGGUGUCCGAAGGCGUGGAGCAGUUUGAAGAUAUUUGGCAAAAGCUCCACAAUGCAGCCAACGCGAACCAGAAAGAAAAGUAUGAGGCUGACCUAAAGAAGGAGAUUAAGAAGCUACAACGGCUGAGGGACCAGAUCAAGACAUGGGUAGCAUCAAAUGAGAUCAAGGACAAAAGGCAGCUUAUCGAAAACCGCAAGCUCAUUGAAACGCAAAUGGAACGGUUCAAAGUUGUGGAACGAGAGACCAAAACCAAAGCUUAUAGCAAGGAGGGUCUGGGUCUGGCUCAGAAGGUGGAUCCUGCCCAGAAGGAGAAGGAAGAAGUUGGCCAGUGGCUCACGAACACCAUUGACACCUUAAAUAUGCAGGUGGACCAGUUUGAGAGUGAAGUGGAGUCACUGUCGGUACAGACACGCAAGAAGAAAGGCGACAAGGAUCAGAAGCAGGACCGGAUUGAGGGCUUGAAGCGGCACAUCGAGAAGCACCGCUACCAUGUACGAAUGCUGGAGACCAUCCUGCGUAUGCUGGACAAUGACUCCAUCCUGGUUGAUGCCAUCCGCAAGAUCAAGGAUGAUGUGGAGUACUACGUGGACUCAUCCCAGGACCCCGACUUCGAAGAGAACGAAUUCCUCUAUGACGACCUGGACCUCGAGGACAUUCCACAGGCGCUGGUCGCCACCUCCCCCCCCAGCCACAGCCACAUGGAGGACGAGAUCUUCAACCAGUCUAGCAGUACACCCACCUCAACAACCUCCAGCUCUCCCAUCCCACCCAGCCCAGCAAACUGCACUACGGAAAACUCUGAAGAUGAUAAGAAGAGAGGCCGCUCAACAGAUAGUGAAGUCAGCCAGUCUCCAGCCAAAAAUGGCUCCAAGCCUGUCCACAGCAACCAGCACCCCCAGUCCCCAGCUGUGCCGCCCACCUACCCCUCUGGCCCCCCACCUGCCACUUCUGCCUUGAGCUCCACCCCUGGCAACAAUGGGGCCUCUACCCCAGCAGCACCUACAAGUGCCCUGGGCCCUAAGGCCAGUCCAGCUCCCAGCCACAACUCGGGUACUCCUGCACCCUAUGCCCAGGCUGUGGCCCCACCCAAUGCCAGCGGGCCCAGCAAUGCCCAGCCACGGCCCCCCAGUGCCCAGCCAAGCGGGGGAAGUGGUGGUGGCAGCGGAGGGAGCAGCAGCAAUAGUAACAGUGGCACAGGCGGAGGGGCUGGCAAGCAGAACGGUGCCACCAGCUAUAGUUCGGUUGUGGCAGACAGCCCUGCAGAGGUGACCCUGAGUAGCAGUGGGAGCAGCAGUGCCAGCAGCCAAGCCCUUGGGCCCACUUCGGGCCCUCACAACCCAGCUCCCAGCACCUCAAAGGAAUCCAGUACGGCAGCCCCUUCGGGGGCUGGGAGUGUGGCUUCAGGCUCAGGGAACAACUCAGGGGGACCCAGCCUCUUGGUGCCACUGCCUGUAAAUCCCCCCAGUUCUCCAACACCCAGCUUCAGUGAAGCCAAGGCAGCUGGUACCCUGCUCAAUGGUCCUCCACAGUUCAGCACCACCCCAGAAAUCAAGGCCCCUGAACCGCUCAGCUCUCUGAAAUCCAUGGCAGAACGGGCAGCUAUCAGCUCUGGUAUUGAGGACCCUGUGCCAACGUUACACCUAACUGAUCGAGACAUCAUCCUGAGCAGCACAUCAGCACCACCCACCUCAUCCCAGCCACCCCUGCAGCUGUCAGAGGUGAACAUACCAUUGUCACUGGGCGUCUGUCCACUGGGGCCAGUGUCCCUCACCAAGGAGCAGCUAUACCAACAGGCCAUGGAAGAGGCCGCCUGGCACCACAUGCCCCACCCCUCUGACUCCGAGCGCAUUCGGCAGUACCUCCCCCGGAACCCUUGCCCGACACCCCCCUACCACCACCAGAUGCCACCCCCACACUCGGACACUGUGGAGUUCUACCAGCGCCUGUCAACUGAGACGCUCUUCUUCAUCUUCUACUAUCUGGAGGGAACCAAGGCACAGUACUUGGCAGCCAAGGCCCUAAAGAAGCAGUCCUGGCGAUUCCACACCAAGUAUAUGAUGUGGUUCCAGAGGCACGAGGAGCCCAAGACCAUCACAGAUGAGUUUGAGCAGGGCACCUACAUCUACUUUGACUACGAGAAGUGGGGCCAGCGGAAGAAGGAAGGCUUCACCUUUGAGUACCGCUACCUGGAGGACCGGGACCUCCAGUGACACCGGCCCCCCCCUCUACCCUCCCCCUCCCCCGCAUGCUGAUCCCCCUGCCCAGGUGAGGGCCCUGCCCUGGAAGACUGGGGGAGGCCCAAGGCCAUGGGACACCCUCCCCCCCAGGAAGCAGGGAAGGGAUAGGGAGGUUUUCUCUUCCUCUCUGCCCUACCCUGGGGGCCUGGGGGCAAGGGCUGCCCCCUCCUCCCCUCCCCAGUGAGGGACAUUUUUUGGUAAACCUAUUUUCAUUUUGGAAAAUAUUUAUGAAUAAAUAGUUUUAUAUGA